GCAAGAUGUUCUACUCGCACCAGCUCCUCGCCAAGAAGGCUCCUCUCGGGCAGAUAUGGAUGGCGGCUACUCUGCACGCCAAGUUGAACCGGAGGAAGCUCGACAAGCUCGAUAUCAUCAAAAUCUGUGAGGAGAUUCUGAAUCCGUCGGUUCCGAUGGCCCUGCGCCUCUCUGGCAUUCUCAUGGGCGGUGUUGUUAUCGUCUACGAGCGGAAGGUCAAGCUCCUCUACGACGAUGUCACGCGGCUACUGACAGAGAUCAAUGGAACAUGGAAGACGAAGACUGUUGCCGAUCCCACCAUCCUUCCGAAGGCAAAAGCUCAAGCCAAGUUCGAGGCGGUGACGCUGCCGGAGUGCGUGGACAUGGAUGUAGAACAGUCGAUGCUCCUCUCCGACGCCUCCGUAGCAGCCUCCAGAUUCCAACGCAUGCGAUUGGAUGAGGUGGAAGAACACUACAUUAACAUCGACAUUAGAAACGGUGAUCCACCAGACACCUAUCAUCAAGUUGAUGCUGAAAAUAUCACCCUAUUUGACGAUUUUGGAUCAGGACCACCAGAGGGUAACCAUUUUGAGAGGUUUGACAUAGGAGAAGAUGAGACACAGAUCAACUACACUCCUCAAGAGCAACCCCAUUUUCACAAUACUCAUAGACCCUCUCCGCCAGUAGACGAUGGACCCAAAAGCUCAAUGCCUCAUCAACUAAACACUUCAGAUGCAAACCAUCGUAUGAACGUGGAGGAACCGAAGGAAAAGGGAGAAGGUAUUCAACAACAACAGCAGGUUAAACAAAAUGCACGCAGAAAGCGUACCCAUCUAAUCCUGGAUGAGCAACUCAUGAUACCAGGCAACCACUAUCAAUCUUGGCUCCAGGACACUUCUGAUAUAGUGUCUAAAAGAGGAAGAACUGUUAGGUCUCAUAAUCCCAUUCGAUCCACAAAGAUAUCCAAGCUCAUGAACUUGCCACCAGUAGCUCUCAUUACUGGUUUAGAGAUGUUUCCUUCUCGAGUGCAUUUCCCUGCCCCUCUAAUUGAAUUGUGGAGGAAUUCUACAAUUUUAGGAGAUAAAUCACCUCCAGAAGAGAGACAUGAAGCACAUGAAUCUUUUCUAGAAGAAUUUCAGGCUGAAAUACCACUCAACCCUGAGUUCCAGGCUGAAGUCCCACCCAACAACGAAUUUCAAGCCGAAAUACAACCCAACCCCUUAGAGUUCUCCAUUGAGAAAGUCAGAGCAAACCUUGAAAAUUUGGAGUUCCAGGGAAUUGAUAAGUCAUUUAGUAGUGACCAUUUUGCUACUCCUGGGAGUCAAGGGCAGAGUUCAAAGUCUAUUCCUAGCUCUGGUUCUGGACAUUUCAUGCCAUUGGAACCUGAGAUACAAUUACAUUCUGGAAGGUCUAAAAGAAAGCAGAAUUCCUCAUCAACGACUAACUUUGGCAACCUUGAUCCAGUUGAAGAGGAGUCACCACUUCAGCAAGAUUUAAGAAGUUUCAAACUCAGAAGGAUAUCACAAUUAAGUCCAGCCCCUGAUGCUGAACUACUGGAGGAAACCGGACCAACUCAAACCCCAGUUCCUCCAUCUAGUACUUCGAUCGACCACACUACUGAAUUGAUCCGGACGCAUCUCAAGUUGCAUUUUGAUACGCCAGGAGCCCCACAGUCUGAAUCAUUGAACCAGUUAGCUUUAGGAAUGAACAAGAAAACAGCUGCUCUACUCUUUUACCAAACUUGCGUUCUCGCCACCUUUGACUUCAUCAAGGUGGAACAACAUGUAGCAUAUGGGGACAUACUGAUCUCAAGAGGGCCUAAGAUGUAGCUAACCUGACAUAUACUUUUGGAAGUCAACGAGCAAGGUGGAAAGUUGAUAAUGGUAUUACAAACAGUGUCUCAGCUUUACAUCUCACGUAUCUAACAGUA